GUAUAAGCCCACUAAUUUUCGAUAACCAUAUUAUUUCGCGGUGGACCGAAUAACACCGAAUCAUUACCCAAUUGAUAUAUAUACCAAAUACAAAACCCUAAUUCAUGUUGCCUCAUUGCUUCUUACAUCUCCGAAGCAGCAUUUGAAGCAGAGACAAGAUGGCCGUUCCUCUUUUAGACAAGAAAAUUGUGAAGAAGCGGGUCAAGAGGUUCAUCAGGCCUCAAAGUGACAGGAAAAUAUGUGUCAAGCCAAGCUGGCGCAGACCCAAGGGUAUUGAUUCACGUGUAAGAAGAAAGUUCAAGGGAGUAACCUUGAUGCCAAACAUUGGUUACGGCUCAGACAAGAAGACCCGCCACUAUCUGCCUAAUGGGUUCAAGAAGUUCCUUGUCCACAAUGUCAAGGAUCUUGAACUUUUGAUGAUGCAUAACAGAACAUACUGUGCUGAGAUUGCACACAAUGUGUCAACAAGGUUAAGAAAGGCAAUUGUUGAACGUGCUGCUCAAUUGGACGUUGUUGUGACCAACAAACUGGCUAGGUUGCGCAGCCAAGAAGACGAGUGAUUUCUCUUGCAAUGUCAAAUUAUUUUUGUUUUUGUUAUGAAGAUGACAGAAAAUCCUUUGAAUUGUUGUUUGGUGGAUUACUGUGUUUGAACCUAGAGCUUUUAGUUUUGACUACUCAAGUUCUAAUUUAUUGCAAGUCUUUUGGAACA